AUACAGUUGCCGGUUAUUGGCAGCACUUUCCUCACACUGUCACAGCCUGAGGAAAGUACUGUCGAUAACCGUAAAGUGUCACAUAGGACAUCUGCACUGAUAAUCAGGGCACUGAUUAUCAGUGCAGCCCCAAAAGUGCCCAGCAGUGGCACCCAUCAGUGCCCAGCAGUGCGACCCAUUAGUGCCACCCAGCAGUGCCACCCAUCAGUAAUGACCAGCAGUGCCAUCCAUCAGUGCCAAGCAGUGCUGACACAGUGCGCCCACUAGCUCCGCCCACCCGUGCCCAGCAGUACCCCCACCUGUGCCCAGCAGUGCCCCCACCUGUGCCCAGCAGUGCACCCACCUGUGCC